AUGUCGCAAACAGCCGCCAUUUCAAAGGCCCUCCAGCGCCUGCUCCCGUCUAAGCUUCCGUCCAGUCUUUCAUCACGGCCAGGGAACCUUUUCCAGGUGCUCUCACGGUAUCCGAAUGACGGGGUGGGCCAGAAAGUUCAUCAGACACGGUGGGGGCCAAAGGGAAUUGCUGGCAGCUAUUGGCAGGUGACGAGGGCUUCACUCAAGCAAGAGGGCUCGCACGGCAAAGCAUGGGGGAAGCUGAUAUGGCGAGGCAAGGCAGUCAGUAAACGGGAGGAACGAAUACGGGGAGCUUUGAAGUAUUCGUGGAUGCAGGGAACCUCACAUACACCACCGUGA